CUGAUACAACAUAUAAAUUUGUUUGAUAAAAAUAUACUUGACAAAUUAUUUUCUAAUUGUAUUCAUUGUAUUGAGUACGUUUAAUUGAUACGUUAUUGUUCUCUCAUUAAUAUUAUCAAUCGCCUAAAGUUGUACAUUUUACAACUUUUCUUAAAGUUUCUUGAACAAGAUUUGUAGAUAUAUGUCAUGUAACAUCCACGUUGCAAAUUUUUGAACACAACAUUCAUUUCAAAAACAUCUGACGUCAGUUUCCUAAUCCACUUGAAUUCUUGAAAUUUUAAUAUUUGACUGUAAUCGAUCAUAUUUCCCUGCCAAGUGCCAACAAUGAGGAACUGUCAGUUAUUUUUUUGUCAUGAAUACGUUGACUACAAGUUAUCCUUGAAAAGAGAAAUUUGGGAUGGCUUCAUGCAAGGAGAAACAAGAUGAUGACUCUUCUAAGAAGAAUGCCAAACCUGUGCAGAAAUUGCCAUUGAAACGAUUUGAACCAGCCAUAUAUAGGUUUUCAAAGAUCGCAGUUCCGACUGACCUAGAUAGGCUGGAAAGACAUAAAUAUAAUAUAGAGAAGUAUGUCAAGUGGAAAAAUUGGUCCAAAUUUGAUGUCGAGAGAAUUAAUGCUGAGAGGACUAUAAAGCAACUCAAGGCAAACAUCCAAGACAUGAGGACUACCAGAGAGCAGGUUGCUGACAAUGAAGUAGCUGAAUUUGAUAGCAAGGUUGAUGUUGCAUCAAAGAAGGCAUUAGCCGAGAUCAGCACACUGCAGAAGUUGAUUGAAAGUUCUCAGAAUGGAAGGGAUGAUACAGAUGGUUCAACAGGGAAACAAAGUCUAUCACCAACAUUAUCAGAUGCAGAUUUUCCCUUGGUUCCUCAAGCUGUGGCGUCACCACAUGAGACUGAGCCGAGGUCCUCGUCAAGAUCAGGCCUUCAAAGAUUUGACGUGACUUUACGGACCUUCACGAGAAUAACAAUACCAACGGCUCUGGAAAGAUUGAGAAUGCAUUGUCAAAAUAUGGAUAAGUAUUACCGAGAAAGAAUGUGGCACGAAUUGAAUGUCGAACAGAUUAAUGCCGGAAUAACUGUGCAGCAUCUGAAGAAGAGCAUUGAAGAUAUCGAAGUGCUUCGGAAGCGGGUCCCUUCACGGGAGCUGGCGGAGUUUGACGAGCGUGUGGGACCGUCUUACGAAAAAGCCCGAAGCGCAAUCGAUUCGUUUAUGAAAUUCCAAACGAAAUACCAGCACGCAGCCCCACCAGGGCCAGGGGCUGCCCAACGAAUUGACACCAAGAAUGAUGGGAGCGGAACUGAGAUAAGCGGAAACUUUGUAAAACAAGAGGUGAUUCCUGACGAAGCAACAGUUCAUUCUUGGGACGACCUACAAAAGAGCUUGGUUGAGUUAAAUGAUCUGAUUCAUGAAUUCUCUCAUUUGGUGCAUGCACAGCAACCUGUCGUGGAUGAAAUCGAAUCAAAUAUUGAGAAUGCAGAAUUCAGUAUUCACGAGGCAACGCAGGAACUUGGCAAGGCAGCGAAGUUACAAGGAAUGGUUCUUCCCGCUAUCGGAGCGGUCGUGGGUGGUGUCGUUGGAGGCCCGGUAGGUUUGUUGGCGGGGUUUAAAGCAGCCACCGUGCUGACCGCAGUAGGUGGGGGGCUGAUUGGGUUCAAAGCCACGAGCUACAUUAAAAACAAGCGAGAGGAGGCAGUCGAUAGUGAACUGGAAAAAUUAACGGAUAGAAACGAUGAAAAUGAGGAUUAUGAUGACCAUAGUUGAUACGUUUGAGCUCCUUCGAUUUUACUGCGAAAGUCUUGUGCACAGUUCUCAGUCUGACUGAAUUUCUGUGGUAACGAACAAGUUUGUCCUGGGAAAAUUUCCAUGAGAAGAUCUAUUUGCUCGUCUGUAAUAUAUGUAGAUUUCAUCCAAGUCGCUUAAAAGCGGUCUGGUUUCAUCCACACUUUAGUGCAGUGCGCUCAUUUGCCUAAAAUUUGUUUCACUUUUUAUCUCACAUCAAAGGCUAACCCUUGUUUAUUUUGAAAGAUUUUCGUAUGGAAAGUUUGUGUCAAGCAAUGAGAACGAGUGCGCUUGCAGUAUUGUCAGUAAUCCUUCUCUGUUCAAUAAAUCCUAUAUAAACGAGUUUAAUCCUUGAGAUUAGGUUUGAAAUUAAGGUUAACUUUAAUCAACUUAAUCUUAGACCUUAUCUUAAUCCUAACUUAAUCCAAGGGUUAAUUUCGUGUAUUUAGGAUUCAAUGAACAUACAAUUAUUACCACAUUUUCGCUUAUUGCAAAACUUUGGAUUAUGACGCUUGUAUGUGUGUUCAUUUCAUCACAUACACUAGAAUCACAUAAGAAUGUGCGCAUAGUUUGAAUGGGCCUGGACAUGAAGUGCUAAAGGAUAUUAUGAGGUACGCUUCCGUUUCACGCCUGUUUUUCUGUGUCAAAGAGUCAGCGGUGUCUUUCUUCAUAAAUAAAAUGAACUAUUCAAAAGCCUACUCUCAUCUGCAAAGGAUGCGAGUGGGCCCUGGCCCUUUGUAAUACGUGAUGAUUUAAAUAUGUCUAGACGUGGACAACCUCGUUUGCGGUACACAAGGAAACGUGGAGGAAAAAACGUAAUCCAUAAACCAGCAUCUUUAAAAAAUAUUAAGAUCUUUGUCGAGGUUAAGACAACAAAUUUAUGAAGUAACAUCAACACAAAUUUGAGCCUUACCAGACCCACCCAAAUUCCUGCAAGAGGGUUGAAACUUGAAACUUAAAAUUUUUCGAAUUCGCGUACGGCAUUAGAAAAAUUGUUAGAAUUUGCUGUCAGGCGUUGAAAACGACCUUACUAACAACAGAUUACAUUGGCACGCUUUUGGAAAGUCGUGGUAAUUUGAUGGCCGGCAUUUUGUGCCUGUUUCGCUCGCUAAUGUUCUCGGUUUUCUGUCCCAUCGCUGGCAUACACAAUCAUAAAUAGUAAUAUUCAUACAGAAAAGUUUUUAUAAGUACCAUCCAGAAAUAUAGGCUAACGCACUCGAUCAGGUAGCCAAUCUGUAAUUUGUAAAUGACAUAAUUGAGAUGUAUUUAAUUAAAGAUUAU